AUGCAUCGGACAAGGAAAGGAAAAUGGCAGACCUUGUUUGUCUUGCUAGCCUUCAUUCUCUGUGCUCGCUGCGAAACUUCAGAGCUCGAGACACUGGACAUUGAAGAGGAAGCGAGACAGUUUUGCCUGGAGAACCAUUACCAUGAAGCUUGCUGUGAGUCAAGAUACCACGGAGGAGAGAUAGAUUGCUCCUCUUGCUCUGAAGAGGUACACAGUAGUAUCGCCACAUGUACCCAGACGUACAUCUCAGAGCACAACAAAAGACAGAGAGCGAUUCACUCUGCUCCCUUGCUCCGGGUCGCCCUCCUCUCUCCCCUCCACUGGUCUGUGCAUGACGCGAGCAGCAGCAAUCCUUUGAUGGUCUCAGGCAAAAUCUUCGGGAUAGAUUCCACAACGCCCCCGGACACGCACAUCAACGUCCUCCUCUCAGGUUUCUCAGAGGUUGCCGUCCCUCUGUCCUCCUUCUGCUCUCUCAACCCCCCGCUCGCUCCCUGCGAGUUUCGCAUCCCGGUAGGAAGAGACAUGCUGGGGAAGGGUACGCGCGUCCUGGCUGCUCGGCUCGUGAAGGGAAGCGAAUGGUCGAGCAGCAUUGGACCUGUAGCAGAGCUCUCCUUCCGCUGCCAGCCUCGCUUCCUCUCCUCCUGGGACCAGAACUCGUGCUGGAAGGGAUUCUUUGCUAGCACGCCGCGGUAUGACGCAUGCUUGCGCGAGGAUGGGGCUCGAAUGGUUGAAUGGAGGAGGAGGAGGAUGGGGAAGAGAGGGGGAAGGGAAGGGGAAGAGGAGGAAGGCAAGGGUGAUGAAAAGUGUCUGCAGCAUCUUUGGACGCACAAGGAGUGGAAGGAUGUGUCCGAAGAGGAUGGGGUCGGUUCGGGUGAUCUCAAGUGCCUAGGGAGAGAGUGGAGGUCACCGCAGCGAUAUGAUGGGAUGAGCCUGAAUGUCACAAAGGGACAGCAAGUUGGACUCGUGCUGGUGCUGAGAAGGCCGAGGAGGAGGGAGCUGAAACGAUUCCUCCUCGAGUUGCAGCAGCAGAGCGAGGACGCAGGGAUUGUUGUCUUCACUGAGGACCCCCCUACUGUUGCCUCCAUCCUGUACCGUGUAUCCUCUAGCUUUCAAGUUCACUCUAUCGGAAAACAAGGGCAGGAGCAGCAAGUCAUAGAGGCUUUCCUCUCCAGGGCCAGUGAGACAUUUUCUACCCUAUGCGCUCUGUCCGGUCAGCCAACCUCUGCUCAGGAUACUUCUUGGACGUGCAGCUCCAGCUCUAACUUUCCUCCUCACUUGAUUGAUACGACUGGUGUUGUCCUCCCUGACGACAACAACCAACAACGGGCUACCUCCUACGUCUUCCCGAGGCUCUACGGCCUUAUGGGAAACGUCCUCUUCCAGGCACCUACCCCGAGGUGGGAGGUAGGGUUGCCUCUGCCGCAAGAUCACAAGCAGUGUGCAAAGACAUUCAUGUCUUCAGUGUUCUCAUCGCUCAUGAUAAAUAGACUUGACCUUACAUCACAUGAGGUGAACGACUUGAUGUAUCUACAAGAGGGAAAGUGUCAUAUUUGUCAUCACAAUCUUACAGAAGAUGCUUUGACAGCCUCUUCAGGAACUGAUCUGAUGAUCCAUGGAUGGCGACAGUCCUACAAGUACUUCUGGCAUCGACGUGCAAAGAUGAUCGAUGCCUUCUCCCUCCCUCCUCACCUCGAACAAGUUGCACAGCACCACCUGAGGAGGCUGAUCGGGGAAGAGGCUGAUCGGGAAGUAGUUUCAGUCCAUAUCAGACGCGGGGACCUCCUGUCAGAGAAAGGGACCUUGCUGUCCCUCUCCUACUACGAGAGGGCGUUCGAGGAGUUUGACGAGGAUGUCCUGUUUCUUGUCUUCUCGGAUGACAUCCCAUGGUGCAAAUCGACGGCUCUGUUUCGAAGACUCAAAAACGUCGUCUUCGUGGAGCUCGGAAUCGACUUCCUCGAGCUGCGCAUGAUGUCGAUGUGCGAUCACCACAUCGUUGCGAACUCAACGUUCAGCGUCUGGGCUGCAUAUCUACAUAGCCUUCCACCUUGGAGGAGGAGGAGGAGGAGGAGAAGAAAGAGAAAGUCGAAAGUCGUAUGUCCUCAGAUUUGGGGCAGAGGCGACGAGGGUGGAAAGCAAUUCGGAGAGGGGGAAGUUUAUCCACCAGAAUGGAUUCGCAUCCCCAACGACUUUGUCAGGUGA